UCAUCUUCGUGUAGAACAGUCGCACCGGAGAAACGGGGACAACACAACAACUCCCAACAUGAAACAAUUGUGAAACCGUCACGCUUGCCGGGAGUAUCUUUCCCAGAACUAUACACUACCUUUUUAUUGUCUCCGCCGACGUUGGUGAGCUUGAUGAAAUAUGGAAACGGCUGUUUCAAGAGGCUUCCUAUUGCUCACUCAGCUCUUGCUCGUCUGUCAAUUAGCUGAACCGGUGCAAGGAUACGGAUACCGGGCCCAGGCCGCCCAGCGCAAAUUCUCUGAAGACAUCGACUGGUCCUAUGCGGGGACUCUAAACCAAAACAACUGGGCCAACAAGUAUCCAUCAUGCAGCAAUACCAGACAGUCACCCAUCAACAUCGAGGAGGAGCUGACGCAGGUCAAAGUUCAGUUCCAAAAGCUGAAGUUCGAGGGCUGGGAGGAGGUGACGUCUGAUAGGACCACCAUCAAGAACGACGGCAAGACCGUGGCAGUGAACCCAGAGGGGGACUUCUAUGUGAGUGGAGGGGGGCUGAGGGGCAGGUUUAAGGUGGGGAGAAUCACCUUCCACUGGGGGCGCUGCAAUGCUUCCUCAGAGGGCUCCGAGCACAGCCUCAGCGGGGUCAAGUAUCCCCUGGAGAUGCAGAUCUACUGUUAUGAAGCGCUUCACUUUGAGUCCAUAGACCAGGCCAUCAAGGACGGGGGCAGGAUCACAGCUCUCUCUGUACUGUUAGAGACAAGCAUCGAAGACAAUGACAACUACAUGGCCAUUAUCGACGGAGUCAACAGUGUCAGCCGAUUCGGUAAGAGUGGGAUGGUGGUUCCCUUCUCUCUCCGGGGCCUCCUGCCCAACUCCACAGAGAAGUACUUCACCUACAAUGGCUCCCUCACCACCCCACCCUGCACUGACACCGUGGAGUGGAUCGUCUUCAAGAACACUGUGGCCAUCUCUGACAUGCAGCUGGAGAUGUUCUGUGAGGUGAUGACCAUGCAGCAGGCAGGCUAUGUGAUGUUGAUGGACUACCUGCAGAACAACUUCAGGGAGCAGCAGCAUCAGUUCAUGGGACAGGUCUUCUCCUCCUAUACCGGCACAGAGGAGGUCCUCACUCCCACCUGCAGUUCAGAGCCGGAGAACGUGCAGGCGGACCCCCAUAACCUGACCAGCCUGCUGGUGAUGUGGGAGCGGCCGAGGGCGGUGUACGACGCCGGGAUAGAGAAGUACUCAGUCACCUACAGGCUGGCUCAGGGAGAGGACUCUGCGGCCUUCGAGUACUUGACUGACGGAGACCAGGAUGUGGGGGCCAUGCUGCAGGACCUGAUAGCAAACACUAGCUAUGUGGUGCAGGUGGUGGCCGUGUGCACCAACGGUCUGUACGGCCGCGUGAGCGAGCAGCUGAUCGUCGAAAUGCCCAUCGACGACCCCGAGGCCACCACUUAUCCAAAUUCUAAUGAAUUUGAAGAGGAAGAGGACUAUGGACCGUGGGCUGAACCGGGUGAAGAACAGGACAAUGACAUGGACUGGACAACCCAAAGCCCUACGAGAACCAGGCCCACAACAACCACUGGCCCACCCAGCCUCCCCUUGCCUGGUAUCAGAACCACCACCCCUUUUGUCCAGAGGAGAACCACCACACCAGGCACUCCAUCCAGGACCACUCAACCCAACCGAGCGCAGACGUCCACGGAGCCGAGUGAGAGGUACUACACCACAACCAGAGCACCAGAGGGGGCCGUCUCGGCAGGCAGCAGAGGCAGGGGGAGAACCCAGAAGUAUACCACUACAGCGACCACUCUGCCAUCACGCACUGAUGACAUCACCACUUCGUCAACCAGGACGGAGAAGGGCAGAGGGGUGGCGCGUCCUGUGACCGUCCCAAGCGGCAAAGGCAGCGGUGUUUCCAUGGCUACCCCUCUCCCGGAAAGCCGGAACGUGGCCACUUCCGCCCCCUUCCUCUCUCAGGGAGAACCACCACGGCCUACAAGUCCCAACAUGCCCUUGUUUUCAUCCACUGCCUCCUCCUUCGGCGGGGUACUCUCGCAGACCACACAGCCGGUGUUCAACGAGGCCAGUAACAGCAGCCAUGAGUCCAGGGUGGGUCUGGCCAGGGAGAGAGAGAGGAGGGCCGUGGUCCCUCUGGCAGUGGUCUCCACCCUCACCAUCCUGGGACUCAUCGUCCUGCUGGGAAUCCUCGUCUACUGGAGGAAGUGUUUCCAGAUUGCCCAUUUCUACAUAGAGGACAACACAUCACCCAGAGUCAUAUCUGUUUCACCCAUACCCAUGCAUACAGCUACAGAUGAACAUGAAGCCCUUCCGGUGAAGCAGUUUGUCGAGCACGUGACAGAGCUCCACGACACCAACGCAUUCUCCAGAGAGUUUGAGAUAUUGAAAGAGUGUUACGAGGAGGUGCAGGCGUGCACGGUGGACCUGGGUAUCACCACAGACGGCUCCAACCAUCCAGACAACAAGAACAAGAACCGAUACAUCAAUAUCCUGGCCUAUGACCACAGCCGAGUAAGGCUCUCAACCCAAGCUGACAAAGAUGGGAAGAGUGGAGAUUACAUUAACGCAAACUACAUUGACGGUUUCAACACGUCCAAGGCCUACAUUGCAGCCCAGGGCCCUCUCAAGUCCAGCACUGAGGCCUUCUGGAGGAUGGUGUGGGAACAGAACGUGGGCGUCAUCAUCAUGAUUACCAACCUGGUGGAGAAGGGACGGAGGAAGUGCGACCAGUACUGGCCCCUGGAGAGCCAGGAAGAGUACGGUGGUUUCCUGGUGACGGUGAAGAGCAGUAAGGUUCUGGCCCACUACACCCAGAGAACCUUCACCAUCAGGAACACCAAGGUCAAAAAGGUUUCUCUGAAGGGGCGGAUUAACGAGCGGACCGUGACCCAGUACCACUACACUCAGUGGCCAGACAUGGGCGUGCCGGAGUACACUCUGCCCGUGCUCACCUUUGUCCAGAAGUCCUCCAAAGCCAGGACAGAUGACAUGGGGCCUAUCGUAGUGCACUGCAGUGCUGGCGUUGGCAGGACUGGUACCUACAUAGUGUUGGAUAGCAUGCUGAAGCAGAUCAAAGAAGAGGGCACGGUCAACAUCAUGGGCUUCCUCAAACACAUCCGCACACAGAGGAACUACCUGGUACAGACAGAGGAGCAGUAUGUGUUCAUCCACGACGCCCUAGUCGAGGCUAUCUUGGGCAAGGAAACGGAGGUUCCCUCCAGCCGCAUUCACAGCUACGUCAAUGACCUCCUGACCCCAGGGCCCUCCGGCAGGACGCGGCUAGAGAAACAGUUUAAGCUGAUAUCCUCGUCCAAUGCCAAACAGUGCGACUACUCGGCAGCCCUGAAAGAGUGUAACAGAGAGAAGAACAGAAACUCCUCUUUAAUACCCGUUGAAAGGUCGCGGGUGUGUCUGUCCACGGUGGCGGGAGAAACUACAUCAGACUACAUCAACGCCUCAUACCUCACGGGGUACCGGCAAAGCACUGAGUUCAUCGUGACCCAGAACCCGCUGGCCGGCACAGUGACAGACUUCUGGAGGAUGAUCUGGGAUCACAAUGCUCAGGUCAUCGUCACACUGCCGGAAACACCAAGCUUGGCAGAGGGGGAGGAGCCGUACGUGUACUGGCCCCACAAGGAGCAGCCAAUCAGCUGUGAGGCGUUCACAGUGACCCUGCGGAGCGAGAACCACGUGUGUCUGGCCAACGAGGAGAUGCUGGUGGUGCAGCACUACGUACUGGAGGCUACACAGGAUGACUAUGUUCUGGAGGUGAGGCACUACCGGGCGCCGCGCUGGCCCAACCCAGACAGCCCCAUCAGCAGCACCUUUGAGCUGCUCAGCCUGGUGAAGGAGGAGAGCUCCUCCAAGGAGGGCCCCACGGUGGUCCACGACCAGGUUGGCGGUGUUACUGCGGGAACCUUCUGUGCCCUGUCUACUCUGGUGCGCCAACUAGAGGCAGAGAGCUCUGUGGACGUGUACCAGGUGGCCAAGAUGUUCAACCUCAUGAGGCCCAGAACCUUCACUGAUGUUGAGCAGUAUCAGUUCCUGUACAAAGCCAUGCUGAGUCUGGUGGGCACACAGGAGGACGAGAGGAUGCUCCAGUCCUCAGACAACAACGGAACGGUCCCAGGUGGCACCGCCAGCACGGCAGAGAGCCUUGAGUCCCUGGUGUAACCAUUUACAUUAUAGUAAUUUAGCUUACAGGAACAAUUAGGGUUAAGUGCCUUGCUUAAGGGCACAUCGACAGAUUUUGUUACCUAGUCGAACCAGAGACCUUUCAGUUACUGGCCCAACGCUCUUAACCGCUAGGCUACCUGCCGCGCUAUGGCAACAGGGCCCCUAACUUGUCAGUAUGGAUUCUUGCCUGACUCACAAUUUUCUGUUUUCUGUUUUUAAAAACAGCAGCU